AUGAAUACAGAUAUUCGAUCGACUGAUGAACGAAAAGUUCAAGAAGAAGAAACUCUUGCAAAUACAACAAUCAAUAGUGUUCAUACAUUUCUUUUUGAUAUCUUAGCAUUCUUUUUUAAUUCUCAAACAAAUCUAAUUGUAGAGUACUGUCAAGAAACACAAAAUUGGACUCCCAUUCAACGAUUUAUAAACGAUGAAAGCACACAUAUCUUGCCUAUCUUUUUCUGUGAUCUUCAAGAACGAAAUCGUCUUAGUAAAGGAUCAACCAUUGUUCUAUCGAAUUUCAAUCGAGCUACGAAAAUUGAAGAAGCUUGCAUAGAAAUAGGAAUUGAUAAGCCAUUCGAAGAUGGUGGUGUGAUAUUUCUUAAACCAAAUACCGUGAAAUUAACAGAGAAGAACUAUAAGAAUGUAGAAUUGAUUGUUUUCUCGAUGAACUUUGAUUUGCCAAAUUUUGAUCUCAUGACCAAUCUCGAAGUUCAAUUAUCUAGUUAUCUACCAUCGAUAAAGAGAGCGGAUGAAUGGAAACGAUUGAAUCUCGUCAAUGAAAAUACGCAUCGAAUUAAAUUUAACCUAAUCUAUCAGAUGGAGCAAAAUGUCGAUUUCCUUCGAACAGUUCAUACGUCAUUGAUAGAUCGUAUACAAUUAUCAAAUGUACCCAUGCGCUUACAACAUGAUACACAAGAGAUCAUUCAUCCGAAUUCAUUGUUACGUUUUGCUCAGGACACAGAAUUGGUUCAACAAGCGGAAGAGACAAUGCUGGAUUGGAUAAGAGAGAUUCAGCAGUUCUAUCGAAAGAGUGUAUCCAUUCGACAAAUGAAUUCGACUACGGGCCCAUUGAACGAACUAGCAUAUUGGAGGAAGCAAAUGCUCCAGUUACAUUCUCUCAUCAGUCAACUUCGAUUACCUCCUAAUCGUGCAGUUAUUUAUCUAUUGAAUAUCGUUGCUAGUCCUCGUUCAAUUGAAUGGAGAGAAAUUGAUAAGAAAUUAACGGAGAGUAUGAACGAAGCACGUGACCAUUAUAAAUACUUGAUGAUUCUGGCGAAAUACAUUGGUCCACUCUAUUCAACUGAACCCUAUGUAAUUCAAGAAAGUCUGCCCAGUCUUCUAAAUACCACCGUGCUUAUCAACUCAUGUUCCGAGAUUUAUUCGAAACCAGAUAAAAUAGCUGCUCUACUUGUGACUAUUACCAAUCAAAUUGUAAUCAGCAGCAAAAACUAUCUCACCAAUAAUCAUACAAUCGACCUUCGUCUACUGAAUACAAAAGAGUUGUUACAACGUAUUGAGAAUGUUCAUAAUUUAUAUAUCACCUAUCAAGAGGUUUUCCUGAAAACGAAGCAAAGAAUUGAAAAUCAAUAUGCUGAUCAAAGUUCCAACCAUCUAUCUGAACGUCAUGUCCUUGGUAAACUAGCAUUUCUUGAUCAACGUUUGUCUAAACUUCGAGAAAUUAUCGCAUCGUUUGAUAUCUAUUCGUUGCUAUCCCAAUCACGAAUCGAUGGUCUUGAACAGAUUGCUCACAUGUACAAGAAAGCGCAAGCAGAAUUUUUAGCUCUAAAACUCGAUUUCUUCAAUCCGGAUGAUCGACAAUUCGAUACAUUUUACAAUAAAUUAAACCAAAUCCUCUCAGACGUUGAUCAAAGGCUAUAUCAAACUUUUCAUAAAGAUCUUUAUCGUAUACUUCGUUCACCAUCCCAUAAUUCUUCGAAUGCAUUAAAAUUCUUGAUACGCUACGAGAAUCUUCAUAUACCUUUCUUUGAUUCCAGUGAAUUUCUAAUCGAUCUUCUUCACUGGUACGAAAAAGAGGAGCUUCAAAAAGUGAAAAACAUUUAUAAUAAGUGUCGAAGUACACCGACCAUCGAACGAGACCACUCUCCGAUUAUUGGUCGAAUUUUAUGGGCAAGACGAAUGUACAAACGUAUCCAAAAUCCUUAUGUUGAAUUUCUCAAACGAUCAGAAUUGAAAGAACAUUCCCUGAUGACAAAUCUCACGAAGAACUUUAUGACUGUCGCAAAUGGAUUUUCGAUCUACGAACUUCUCUAUCAUCGUCACUGGUACAACUCACUGCCUGAUAUUGUCAAUGUCAUGUGUAAUCCUGUUCUCGUUCGACAAAAUCUCCUCCGACAAUUGUAUAUCAACUACGAUCCGUUGAUUGAUGUUAUUCUCCAUGAUUGCGAAUUACUAGUACGAUCAUCAAUUACAGUACCGGAUUUGGGAUACAAUCUACUAUUAGAAAAAGAUCGAAUUCAGUUAUCCUAUGAGAGAUUGAAAAAAUUACUGAAAGAUCUUUCGGUUUUACUAGCAAAAGCACACCCAACAAGUUAUGAAUUGGUUGAAAAAGUCAUGACACAAGUUGAUAAUACACUUGCUAUUGGUUUGAAUCGUCUCAAUUGGCUGUCGAAAAACCUCGAUGAAUUAUUUCUGCCUGCUGAAGAAAACAUUGCUUCGAUGUCGGAUUUUCUUGGUCAAAUAUCUUCGUUGAUCAUUCAUCGCAUCGAGGAGCCCAUCCAUGAAGUAUCUCGUUUCGAAAUGUUGGAAUUUCCUGACGAUUCAAUUGACUUCAAACAAUUUGUGCAAGAAGUUCGUCAACAGAUCAUCUCCAAAGCAGAAAAACUCAAUUCGCUAUCGAUGCAAAUCGAAUCGGCUGUUCUCCAAGUCGUUCGAAUGUUUUUCGACAAAGCCGGCUAUAAAUCGAAACCAUUUGAGCAGAAACUCGGUGAUAUGGAUAUUAUGCAACUUUCGACAAUGCAGAAAUUAGCCAUACAAAUGUUUGUACAAGAUUUCUCGAAACUGGAGCGAAAAGCGAGAAAUCCAACUCAUUUUAUGUUACAAUCAUCGAAUGAAUGGGAGCGAUUUAACGAACUAUGUAACGAGUUUCUAAGUUCAUUCGAAACUCGUUUUAUCAAAGCACUGACUCUCUGUGCUAAGAACGCAUUCGAAGUGAUCAAAAACCGAGCGAAUCCAAUCAUCGUUCAAAUAAAACCUCGAUUGAAGAAACUUCGAUUAUAUCCGUUAGAUACAAUCGAUGCUAAUGCCACUCGAGCCGAUCAUGUUCAUCAUCCAUUAAUUCAAACAUACGUCGAAUUACAGUCGUCAACUAUUACUCUCAAUCCGAGCAUUGACGAAAUCCAACAACUAAUGAAUCAAUUGAUUCACUAUGUUUUGAAUAUUUUUCACGGUGUGCGCAAAUGGGGCGAAGUGCGAAGUAUUGAUUAUAAACUCAUACAUAAUUUUUCGAUGAAUACCCUCUCGGAAUUAUCGUCCGGACAUGACAAUUUAGAAACUGAAAAGAUGUUCGAGAACGGAAACGAAGAGGAAGAAUGGAACCGAAAACCACAAGCGAAAACGUAUUAUAAUCUAAUUGCUAACAACAAGGAACUAUUGAAACUAUAUCAAAUUAUCGGCAACUUCUUUCUGGAAAACGGCAUUCGAUUAAACAAAGAAUUAGAAGAAUAUUACGUAUUUCGUGACCUAUGGGAAAUGAAUAAAGUUCAUCAAGCAAAGAAAUUCAUCGUAUCUGAUCCUAGCUAUGCAUCCAUUCGAGCGUUAUUUGCUGAUUUCGAUAACAUCCGAGAUGCGAUUAAACGUGUAGCCGAAUCGAAAGAUGUGGAAACAUUUCGAUACGUGACAACGAAGUUUAAGCAGACGCUUUUCGACGAAGUUCGACAACUUGAAUUGAUCUUCGCUAAAUACAUUCGAAUGCAUUAUCGAAUGAAAUUUCUCAGCAUCAAUGAUUUCUUGAAGAAAAACGAACCACGUUUGAAUCGACAGUUGAGAGACCUGGAUGAUGUUCGAUUUGUCAUCAAUACACUAGAUACAUUAAAAGACAACUUCGUUCUCAUUGAUCAUACGAUCUAUCCGUUAGAAGAAGUCUACAAUCUCUUCAAGCGUUACUCAAUCGAUAUUCCUUUAGAAGAGCAAACCGCCAUUGAAAUGCUUCGCAGUACUCACGAACGCCUUCUCAAACGUGCCAAACAUGUUACGCAUGAACUUGUCUAUAGUCAACAGCGUUUUCUCGAUCGUCUUCUUCUUGAUAAAUCGAUCACAGCUUCUCAAAUGUUCGGUAUUCUCGAUGUUGCUACGAAUGACUGGACAGAUGGAAUAUUCUCCACACUUUGGCGUCGUACGUUGAAAGCUUACGAAGUCUCAUCUAACACAGGCAUUCAAGAGGCAUGGUGGAUUAUUCUGGAUGGUCCUGUCGACGCUAUUUGGAUUGAGAACCUUAAUUCGGUCUUAGAUGAUAAUAAAUUACUAACACUUGCCAAUGGUGAUCGGAUCCUGAUGGCAGCAAAUGUUAAACUCGUCUUCGAAGUGCACAAUAUCGAUAAUGCCUCACCGGCGACUGUUUCGCGAUGUGGAAUGAUAUUCAUGUCAUCGACUGUUCUUCCUUGGCGACCGAUAUUCCAAGCAUGGUCAAAUAAGCAGUCGAAAAACAUUGGUAGCGUCAUAUUUGAAGUUGUUGAGAAACAUUUUGAUGAAAUAUUUAAAUUACUGAUUACGAAAUGUUCACCGAAGAUGAAAGUUUAUGAAUGCAAUUAUAUCAAACAAAUAGCCGAUCUCCUAGAUGGAUUACUGAACAAAGAAUUAGACUAUAGUCGGAUUUAUCUAGAACGAUUGACAAUAUUUGCAAUAAUGUGGAGCAUGGGUGCUCUAUUAGAAUUGAAUGAUCGAUCGAAAUUAGAACAAUACUUUAUUAAUUCAGGCGACAGUGACAUUUCGAAAAAUGUUCUCCAAGGUGGUUCGAUCUUUGAUUAUUUGGUGAACGAUAGUGGACAAUGGGAACAUUGGUCGACUCGUGUUGAAUCUUGGGAAUACCCAAAAGAUGAAACAAUCGAUUUUGCAUCGAUAUUGGUCCCGAACAUUGAUAAUGUUCGUAUAACUUAUCUAAUAAAUAUUCUUUCCAAACAAGAAAAAGCCGUUCUAUUGAUCGGUGAGCCUGGUACUGCAAAAACGGUGAUUAUUACAAGUUAUUUGAAGAAUUUCGAUAGCGAAAAACAUCUCACUCGGAUAAUGAAUUUCUCCUCGAUUACUACCAGUGCUUUUAUUCAGAAGACAAUCGAAAAUUUCGUGGAUAAACGCGUAGCGAAUACAUUCGGACCAUCAUUUGGACGUAAGAUGACAAUAUUUAUCGAUGAUAUCAAUAUGCCCAUGAUUAAUUCAUGGGGUGACCAAGAAGCGAAUGAAAUUCUCCGACAGUUGAUAGAACAAAAAGGUUUUUAUUCAUUAAGUAAACCAGGCGAUUUUCUCAAUAUCAACGACUUACAAUUUCUGGCAGCAAUGUGUCAUCCUGGCGGCGGUCGAAAUGACAUACCUGAACGGUUAAAACGACAUUUCUUUAUUUUGAACUGCACACUACCAUCAAACACUGCAGUGGAUCAUAUUUUUGGUUCCAUCGCAAAAUAUUUCUGUCCGGAACGAAAUUUCUCCAGUGAUCUCGUUCAGACUAUUCAGAAAUCAGUGUCGACUACGAGAAUUCUUUGGCAAGCAGUGAAAGGAAAGUUCCUACCGACACCUGCGAAAUUUCAUUAUAUAUUCAAUCUUCGCGAUCUUUCUCGUAUUUGGGAAGGAAUUUUACAAAUCGAAUCGGAACAAUGCCAAAAUGGACUCGAGGACUAUUUUCAGUUAUGGAAACAUGAAUGUACAAGAGUCUUGGCCGAUCGAUUGAUAUUACCUAUGGAAAAAGAAUGGUUCAGAAAGGAAUUGUAUCGAGUUGCUAAGCAAACAUUUGGCGAUGUUUAUAAACUUCCAGUUGAAGAAGAAUCCGAAGUUUACUUUGCCAAUUUUCUUCGAGAAGAGUUGGAAGUCACCGAUGAGAUGGGUGAUGAUAUCGAUCUUGCUGAUCUAGUGCCGAAAAUCUAUGAACCUGUUGUAUUGUGGGAAGCGUUGCAAACGAAAUUAAUGAAUAGUAUGAACAAGAUGAAUGGAGAAAUUCGUGGUAGUAAUAUGGAUCUGGUAUUCUUCAAAGAUGCCAUGAUUCAUCUUUUACGAAUUUCACGUGUUAUUAACAUGCCUAAAGGACAUUUACUAUUGGUCGGGGUCGGCGGAAGUGGGAAACAAUCUUUAACGAAAUUGGCUGCUUAUAUCGCUGGUUACAAAUAUUUUCAGAUCAGUGUGUCGAGAACGUAUACGUUGAACAAUUUCUUGGACGAUUUACGAAAUGUUUAUCGUCGCGCAGGUCGUCUUGGCCAAGGCAUUGUUUUCAUAUUCACAGAUAAUGAUAUAAAAGACGAUCAAUUUCUCGAAUAUCUGAAUAAUGUUCUAAGUUCCGGAGAAGUAUCCGGAUUGAUAACACGGGAAGAAAUGGAUGAGACUCUUUCGGAAUUAUCCGUUAAAAUGAAAAAAGAAUAUCCCAAACGAGCGUUAACCAAUGAAAAUCUGCUCAAUUACUAUCGCGAGCGCUUACGCAAAAAUCUUCAUGUUAUUCUAUGUUUCUCUCCUGACAACCGUAAAUUUCGCGAACGUGCACUGAAAUUUCCGGCCUUAGUUUCCGGCUGUACCAUCGACUGGUUUCAUCGUUGGCCAUUGGAUGCAUUGGUCGCCGUUUCGAAUGUUUAUUUGAAUCGUUUUGAUAUCCUUGUGACUUCGAAUACAGUAAAAAAGAGCGUGAUCGAACUAAUGGCCGAUAUUCAUGAUGAUGUCAGUCGAAUGUGUGAAAGCUAUUACGAGAAAUUCCGUCGGCGAACUUAUGUGACACCAAAAUCGUUCCUAUCAUAUAUCAAUGCAUUUAAACAAUACUAUCAAAAGCAACGUGAAUAUUUCGAGAAAGAAAAACAGAAGAUGAAAACGGGUGUUCAGAAGUUAUUCGAAGCUGCCGAGCAAGUUCAAGAGAUUACACGAGAAUUAGUAGUGAAGGAGAAACAUAUGGUUAUUGCCAAUGCCGAAGCAGCAAAACAAGUUGCUGAAAUGGAAGUCUUACGAAGUGCCGCAGAGAUCAAAACAAAAGAAGUUCACGAAUCGAAAGAAACGGCUGAGAUACUUGUAAAACAAGUCAACGAAGAAAAAGCUAUCGCUGAAGACGAACUGUCCGCAGCGGAAGUCAUUCUCAAAGAAGCCGAAGAAGCAGUCAAAGUAAGUGAACGUUUAUUUGGAAAAUAA